AAGAAGAUAUGGAGGCGACAAGAGAUCUCACCUAAAUACUUAACCAUUUUAGAUAUCCAACUCGCAUACAGUAAAUGUCAGACAUGCCGUGAUAAUCUGUAACACUUGGGUGUUCUCUGGAUAUUUGAUUGUAAAGACAGAGAUUGUUUUUGUGUUUUAUUUCUUGUAAGAAUCGAGUGUUUUGUAGCUAGCUUGUGUGACUCGGUGUAUCAAAACUAGCCUGAUAAAAACUGCAGUGAUCAGACAGAAGUAGAGCGGAUUAGUCUGUGUUUUUGACCCGUUUAUAAUCAGAAUUGUACUUUUGGUAAUAAUUUGAAGCAGCCCGAUGGGGAACUGUCUUUCCUCCCAGGGUGCAGAUGACUUGUCCCUGCUAAACGAGUCAGAAGGGGCGAGUCUGCCUGGAGAGCCUCCUCCUCCAUACCAGGAACGGCCACAGGUGCCAGUGUACCACCCAACACCCAGUCAGUCUCGGCUUGCCACCCAGCUGACAGAGGAGGAGCAAAUAAGAAUUGCUCAGCGCAUUGGCCUCAUUCAGCACCUCCCACGUGGCAUCUUUAACCCUGGCUCAGAACCCUCUGACAAGAAGAUUAAAGAGUGUGUGAUCUGCAUGCUGGACUUUGAAUAUGGCGACCCAAUCCGGUUCCUGCCCUGCAUGCACAUCUAUCACGUGGUCUGUAUCGACGCAUGGCUGAUGCGCUCAUUCACCUGUCCCUCCUGCAUGGAGCCUGUGGAUGCUGCACUGCUGUCCUCCUACGAGACCAACUAAGGCCACUAACUGACACGAAGAUACGCCAGCAUGGCAUAUGAGUCAGUCGAAUCAACAGAGGGUCACGUGCGGAAUUAGCAGGGUGAGAGGUGUGUGUGUGUGUUAGCACAAGGAGAAGAUGUGUUAAAAGAUGUGUUAAAUAGAAAAAAGUAGUUUAUUUUUCUGAAGUUACGUAGGAAGAUUGCAGGUUUACAGUAGCUGACCAGAAUGAUUGUAGGUCUCAUUGUAAUCCAGCUUGAGUUAAAUGUUAUUUUUUCCUUUUUUGGCCACUUUAUUUCUAGCAUACAUUAGCCAGAAAGUGGCAUCAGUCAUUGAUUGUUAAUCUUAAAAGGAUUCAUGGGUGUUGGACUUUACAGCUGUAAAUUCCUACUGAAGCACAGGCCUCUUUAAUUACACGUAGAGCUCUUUAAUUAGGGACAAUUUGAGAGGAGAAAUAACGUGCCAUGACUGACAUUUCAAUCUUAUAUAUACUGCACUCUUUACUCAUGUAAGCUGCUUUGAAUUUCUUGACAUUAAGUUUUGUUUGUUUUUGUUUUAAAUGGAUAUAGCGCUGCACAGUUUACGGUUUUGAACUCUUUAACAUGAUAAACACCCAUUAGCCAUUUGAAGAACAGGUUUAGCGAAAACAUUUACACACUAUAUUAGCAUUGUAACUUCACUCUAAAACUAGAGAGACAAGCUAAAGGAGAACACUGUACAAACUGUCUGACUAAUUGGCAGGUUUUGGGAUAAAGAAUAAAUCAUGCUUAUUAUGUUUUAGCCAGGCUAUUAAUUAAUGAGUUAAUGUGAAUGCUAAAAGCACUUUAACAUGAAAGUCAGUAUUAAACUAUGUUUACGCAUUUAACUAUUUAAAGGCUGGACUUACAUAGCUGUACAGUCUUAUGACAUUAGCGUUGUUGUGUGCUCCCUCCUGUGGCAUCAAAACUAAAAUUAAUUACAAUUUUUAGAGAUAAAACUUUAAGUUGAGCUGUUUGGCCAGGUGUGACACCUUUUUCAGAAUGUUGUAUCAAGCAUAGACUGACAGCACAGCCUUGGGCAUCAUUCUGCUGUGUAUUAAUUCAGUAGUUGUGUGGAGAAUAUUGAAGCACAACUAGUGCCGCAACAGCUUUGUCUGCAGGUGCCUUGCAACAACACAUGUCUACCAGAGAGGGCAGCAAAUCCCCAUUUACAUACUGAAGCUUUAGGACAAUAAACCAGUGCGCUGUUUAUCUGUUUAUGUGACUUACAAGCUAGUUUUAUAAAUAUGUAAAAAGUUGUUAUGCUAUGCUUCACUGCUUCUUUAAGAAUAGAUUUCUUACCAAUUGUGUAGAUCCAGAUUACUGAAGUGCAUGUUACCCAGCAUUGCCAAAAUCAAGAUUUUUGGGUGUAAACACAUUAUUCUGUACAUGCGUUUCAGGAUAGGAAAAAAUGGUUGGGAUAGCAUCAGACUUUUAGUCGAACAUGAACUAAAGUGAUAAAAAAUGAUCAAUUUUACCAAAUGUUUAUGGUUUUUGUUAUUGUAAAAGUGAUAUUAAUGAUCAGUUGUUUAUUUUGGUUUUCCAACUACCUUUAUAUACAUUUUAAAAAAUGUAUUAGUAAAAGGGUGGGGCUUCUGAGUAAUUCGACACAACAACACACAAUGUACCUUAUCAUCCAGGAAAGAAGACUUUUACAAGAAAAUUGUAAAAACAAGAAAAUUAAGCAGUGGUACAAAACACAAAUAAACAAAAUCAUGUAUUGUUUUCAGCUCCUGUUUUUGACCUAUUGUGUCCUAAAUUCUGACUGAAUUUUAAUUCUGCUAAAGAAUGUUUUUUUGGCAUAUCACCACAAACUGUGCAGCGCAACAGUAAAUGACUUGUUCCUUCUGUAGAAAAUGCUGAUAUGUACUUAACAUGUACUUUAAAAAGCCAAUCUAUUUAGCUUUUUAAGUCUAUUUAGGAAAUUAUAUUUUUGUGUUGUGGAUUGUAAAAACAGAUUCAUAUGCUGCUGUUCUCUGGGCUCCUGGGAUAGAAGAUUUUGUGAUGAUUUGAUCCCUGAUAUCAGAUCAGUGUAAAAGCAGGUCUUUAGUCCUGAACUGUUUCAUGUUGUUUUUGCCUUCUGUAUGAUGUACUGCACAUUCAGUCCGCUUUCAGUCUGAACCUGUAGGCUGUGUUAGUAGAAGUCUUUUGUGUUUUAUAUGUGAUCCCUUUGUACACUGAGAGGUGAAAUUAUGUUACGUUGAUAAAAUCAUGUUUGUGCACCUU